AUUUUAGCUACCGUCCAUCUUCAGCUACAUUACAGUGAGCGAGCUUGUCGAAAAGAAAACACAAUUUGGAAGUAAAGAAGACUUUCUGGAAAUAGUUUUGGCUGUAUUUGAAAAAAGACAAACGAAAGCCCAUACCCUAGCAAACUGUGUGACAGACGGAAUGUGGACAUUGUCGUAGUCAGAGCCAUGGCUGACAAGAGAAAACUACAAGGUGAGAUCGAUAGAUGUUUGAAAAAAGUAGCUGAAGGUGUAGAACAGUUUGAAGACAUCUGGCAAAAGCUUCACAAUGCAGCCAAUGCAAACCAGAAGGAAAAAUAUGAGGCUGACCUCAAGAAAGAGAUUAAAAAACUACAGCGAUUGAGAGAUCAGAUAAAAACAUGGGUGGCCUCAAACGAGAUCAAAGACAAAAGGCAGCUAAUCGAGAACCGCAAACUCAUAGAGACGCAAAUGGAGCGGUUCAAGGUGGUGGAACGUGAAACAAAAACAAAAGCCUACUCUAAAGAAGGCUUGGGGCUUGCUCAGAAAGUGGAUCCAGCUCAGAGGGAAAAAGAGGAAACGGGACAGUGGCUAACAAAUACAAUAGACACUCUAAAUAUGCAGGUGGAUCAGUUUGAAAGUGAGGUGGAAUCCCUAUCAGUACAGACGAGAAAGAAGAAGGGCGAUAAAGAUAAGCAAGAUCGUAUUGAUGAGCUCAAGCGGUUGAUUGAGAGGCAUCGAUUCCACAUUCGCAUGUUGGAGACCAUUCUACGAAUGCUUGAUAAUGACUCAGUACCGGUGGAUGCCAUCCAGAAGAUUAAGGAUGAUGUUGAAUACUACAUUGAUUCCUCGCAAGACCCAGACUUUGAGGAGAAUGAGUUCUUGUAUGACGACUUAGACCUGGAAGACAUCCCUGCAGCAUUAGUUGCAACUUCUCCGUCAGGUCAGGGCAAUGUGGAGGAUGAGAUGUAUCUUCACUCCAGCAGCACUCCCACUUCCACAACCUCCUCUUCACCCAUUCCUCCAUCCCCAGCCACUUGCACUGCUGAGAACUCAGAGGACGAUAAGAAAAGGGGACGAUCGACAGACAGUGAAAUUAGUCAGUCACCUGUGAAGAACGGCACCCCAUCCUUGCUAUCUUCCUUCUCUUCCUCCACCACCUCUGGGUCCUCCUCAUCCUCCUCCCUCGUGUCCAUGGCGAGUGUUGUCGGAGGCAUUCCCGCAGUUCCCACAAGCAGCAGUCUUAUAGGGAGCUUCAGCAGUGCGGUGCAGCAACAUCAGCAUCAACCUGCACAACAGCAGCAACAACCUCAACCGCCAAACCAACCGCAGCAGCAACAACAGCAGCAGCCACCUCAGACAAAACCCUCUGCCCCUUCAAACAACACCCCCAGCCCGCCCAGCAACCCUCUACUCCCAGCCUCAACUGCUCCCUCUCUCCCUACACCCAGCACACCCAGCUCAUCAGCUCCUAACUCUCAGUCUCAGCUCACAUCCGUGCCCUCCCCGGCAUCCAGUUUGGGACUCGGGCUAGGACUAGGAUUGAGCAAAAUUGGCUUGACGGGGACCAGCAGUGCCAACCAAAUGUCUGGUUUAGGGCUUGGUGGCCACCCCUCUCCUUUAAACACAAUGGCAGGGCUCAUUUCAGGCUCCACACCUGCCCCUUACGCUCAGGCAGCAGCAUCAGGAGGCUUGGGUUUGAGCAGCACCACCCAGUCCAGCAUUUCAGUAGAGAGCAGCACUUCCAUUCCCACCUCUGGCUCCAGUGGAGUCACCACCAACGGGGCGGGGAUAGGGCUCGGUUUGUUAGGUUCCAGUCCGGCCCACAGCUCUUUGAGCGGGAGUAUUAUGGGUCUGGUUCCUGGGCAAAAUGUAGCCCCCGGUGCCUCUCAGGUGCCCCCGAGUCCUGUCAGCACUACUCCCGGAGUAGUUGGCAUGAUGGGUGGCAAUGGAGGAAAUGUCGGCGUGGUUGGAGGAGUAGGGGUAAAUGCAGCUCCUGCUAGACCACCAAGUGGACUAAAGCAAAAUGGAAGCACAAGUUACAGUGCUGUAGUGGCAGAGAGCUCCACAGAAUCAGCUCUAAGCACACCGAGCCAGUCACAAAGCAGCCAACCCUCGUCUCUCAGUUCUUCAACCAGUCAGCCGAUGGACAAUGGUCCCAGUUUAAUCAGCUCCAUCACCCUGCCUCCCAGCUCUCCGUCCCCCUCGUUCUCAGACAGCACACCUGGAGGAGGGAGCCUUCUCAACGGGCCCCACUCCUACACACAGGCCUCUGAAGCGCUCAAGGCCCCUGAGCCUCUCAGUUCUUUGAAGGCGAUGGCUGAGAGAGCAGCGCUGGGAUCAGGUCUGGAUGGAGAGAUUUCCAACCUGCACCUAACAGACAGAGGUCGGAACGAUAUCUUCUCUGGUUCAUCUGCAGCGCCCGGCACACCCGCCGCACCUCAGCCGUCCGUGUCGGAAGUCAGCAUCCCCCCGUCGCUCGGGGUCUGUCCACUUGGCCCCACUCCUCUCCCCAAAGACCAGCUCUACCAGCAGGCCAUGCAGGAAUCCGCAUGGACACACAUGCCACACCCCUCCGACUCUGAGAGGAUUAGGCAAUACCUGAUGAGGAAUCCGUGUCCCACCUUGCCCUUCCAUCAUCAGAUACCGCCGCACCACUCUGACUCCAUAGAGUUCUACCAGAGACUGUCCACAGAAACUCUCUUUUUCAUCUUCUACUACCUGGAGGGCACCAAGGCUCAGUAUCUGUCUGCCAAGGCUCUGAAGAAACAGUCGUGGAGGUUUCACACCAAGUACAUGAUGUGGUUCCAGAGGCACGAGGAGCCCAAGACUAUCACUGACGAGUUUGAACAGGGCACUUACAUUUACUUUGACUAUGAGAAAUGGGGCCAGCGGAAGAAGGAGGGGUUCACCUUCGAGUACAGGUACCUCGAAGACAGAGACCUGCAGUGACGGACAGAGGGACACGAAAGGACAGAGAGAGACAAAACGUGCUGCUGUUGACAUUCCGAGACUGAACUUCAAACUGUGGAUAGAGAUUGUGAUGUGUAGUAGAAACCCUCUCCUAAAAUGGAGACUGGUGUCUGUAUAGGCUGCAUCUCAACGUGAAGCCCUCUCUCCUCCUGUAGCGCUUUGCUUCUGACCAAAAAACGCCCCGUGGGCCUGUUCAAAUGCAUCCCGCUGCACGAGCUGGGAGGGUUCUCACUAGAGAUCUGCGUUUGUGCCUGUCUGUGUGCACACUCAGUAUGUGGCAUUAGGAAAGCCUACCCCAUGCAUGUUUCUCAUGUUUUGUUUUCUUUUUCCGUUUCAACAAAAUUCUCUGUACCACCUACCCAACAUGAGCCUGGAAGCCUUUGACUUGACACAAAACAAACCUUGGAUUUGAUUGUUAAGUAAACUGCCCAUCUUGUAUUUACUGUAAUUUGGUGGUUUAGAAUGGGGAGGUACAGUGGACAUUUAGUCAUGGUGUGUAGGACUGGCUUCUUUUAAGACCCUACGAUGCCUGUUGAAUAUGGUCACUAUUAGAGAUAGUGAGCGGUUAUCAAUAGUUUUAUUGAUAUUGUCUUGGUCGAUUAAAACGCUGAUUGAGAGUGACCACAGGGCCUCUCCCUGUGACAGGGAAAGAGUCCUUAUUGGACAUGGAUUAAAUUGCUAUGCAAUUGAA